CCACCUCCGCAAUGUCACAUGUCAUUCACAAACCCACAAGCACCCCAGCCCGGCAGUCGACUCGCCCGUGACCUGGCGCCCAGACCCGCCCGGUUGCCGAGGUUGGUCACAAGCGUUCCCCAGCUUGCGGCCGCGAUGUCGCAACCGCGUCCGACCUUAUCUCCUCAUCGGCUCGGCCACCCGUCACCUCUGCACAUCCGCGAUUAAUUCUAUCUCGACGCCCUGCCCUCAACCGGACGGCGCGCUGCAUUGAACACAUCAAGUCUGAGGACCGAGAGAUUUAGAGAUACACAGCCAAAAUGGUCGCAGACGCCCUCGUCUACCACCCCACGGUGUCGCACUACCUCAAGUUCGUCGCCACGACCGUCGGCCGCGACAAAGCCCUCCGCACGGUCCAAUACUUCGCGCGCUUCCUGGCGUGGUACCUCUACCGCACGAACCGCCCCCUCAGCACCAUCGCCCCCUUCGACACCACAAAGAAACAGCUCGGCACCGCGCGCAAACUCCUGCGCGUCGGGAAAUUCAUCGAGCACUUCAAAGCGGCCGCCGUCGCGUCCGACGCCGCGCUCGACCCCGUGGUGAAAUUCACCGCCGUGGGCCGGCAGCUGGGGUAUGCGCUGUACCUGCUCCUGGACACGGCGAAUAUCUUGGAUGCGACGGGCAUUCGUAAGAGCGCGUCCAGCGCGAGCUUGCUGAGGAGCGCGAACCAAGCCUGGGCCACCGGUAUUUCCUUCAGCAUCGCACACAGCUUCUACGCGCUGUACACCCUGCGCGCCCGCAGCGCUCUGGUGGCCGCGAGCAGCGACCCGGAGAAAGUAGUCGAGCGGAAGAAGGUCGAUAAGGAGCUCGGCGCGGUGAAGGUCCAGCUUGUUAGUGAUUUAUGUGAUAUCACGAUUCCGGCGACUGCGUUGGGGUGGGUCGCGUUGGAUGAUGGGGUGGUGGGGUUGGCGGGGACGGCGAGUUCGCUGUUGGGGGUUUGGGGGCAGUGGAAGAAGACGGCGUAGGGUUGGAUAUAAGUUUGGUGGUGGGGUUGGGGGCAGGGGUGUACGGUGGUUUUCAUCGAGGUGUUCUGCGAAUGUGUUUAUAUCGUUGUUCAUGUGCCCGGAUGAUGGUUUUCGUGUGCUCGUGCUCGUCACCCGGCUUUUCGGAGUCUAUACUGUCGCCCUGCAAGCAUGCGUGCAGCUUAUUAUCUCGCUUCGAAUGCAAGGCUCGCUCUCGCGUUACAGGGUCAAGCGUGGAA